AUGGACCCGCUCGCAGUAAACGCAUUCCGUAUGCGAAGCGACUCACUGUCGAUGCCAAUGUCAAUGGCCAUGAUGGGUACGAGUGGCAGCAACUCGCAAGCAAUGGCAAUGAGUAUUAAUGCCAUGAACGUCUAUAACGUCCCGCAGCGACAACAGCAACAGCAACAUCAACACCAGCAAAUGAUGGUGAGCAUGGGCUCAUCACACCAAAUGAACACGGCCUCUAUGGAGAUGAACAUGGGUCCCACCGCCACAAAAGCAGCCGCACCACCGCUCGUGGAUUCACAGCCGGCAGCGGCGCACGGCCUCUGCGCUGACUGGCGCAUCCAGUUCACGCGUGAGCACCGAGCGAAUCUGAUUGCCAAGAUCUACAACGAGAUGGUACGCGUCUCCGCUGACCCCGUGCCCGGCAUUAAACUCUGGAUGAAUAUGUCGUGGUGCGAGCUGGCGCUGUAUAAAGAGGCACGUACACAGGAAGAAUACAUUGACAAGAUUUUCACGCGCCUCAAGUCGCUGCGUGCACAGCAGACGGACAUGAACGCGGUCAUGGCAGCGCAAACACUACUGAACCAGGGAAUGCUCUCGAGACUGGACUUCUCCUAUUGCAACACGCUUAACCUGAGCCAGCGCGCAAACACCUUUGAUGCACAAGGCGGCCAGGCCGGAGGCUUUCCAGGUCAUACGCUACUUGGUGGGCAGGCUGUUCAGUCUAGUGCCCAGCAGUCUCAGCUGGAAAUGGCGGUAACGGUGGGUGCUGGAGGCAUGUCCACGACCUCGGUAGCACCCAAUGGGACGAACAUCACGCCACGGGUGGAAAAGCCAGAGGGUUCGAUUCCCGGCGAUACCCCGGCGGAGUACUGGCGGCAGCACGCAGCGCUCAAGCUGAAGUACCAUGACGAUGUGAAAAAGGUGCACAGUGCUUUCCAAAAGUACGCGGAUCACAUGAGGAGUCACGAUGAGACGGAACAGAAGAAAAAGCUGCGGUAUCUUCUCAGCUACGUGCAGCUGUGUGCAGAUAUCCUCAAUGAGGACAGGACGACGCAUGCUCCGCGCAAGAUCGAGGAGCUGGACAAGGUGUACAAGUACAUUGUGAAGAUCGUGAACCCGUAUUUGAAAAAGCUGCGUGCGGAGACCGAUAGACGCAGCAUCGACCCCAACGCCGUUGGCGGCAAUCCUGCUGGUAUGAACCCCGCGACGGUGACAAACCCGACGCCCGGUGCCCGUGCAAGUUUGGACGCUGAUUCAGCAUCGGGUGAAACGUGGGGUGUACCAAAUAGCGCGAUGCACGUUGUCCACCGCCAGCAAAGUCAGGUUCAGCCACGUCAGAACUUGGCCUUGCAACAGAAGCAACAGCAAUAUCUCAUGCAGCAGCGUGCGCAGCAGUGCAGCAGCUCCGUCAAGCCCAACCAGUCCCAACUGCCCGCUCAGCAACAGGCCAAUUUACCAAAUUUGCCAAAUGAACGGCAAAACGGUCGGCCUCUGCAUGCCCAACAGACCUCACGUCGGCUAGAGCAGCAGCCACAGCGUGCUCAGCAAGCUCCAAAUACCAGCCGGCAGCAGCUCGGACAGCCCCAACGACACGCUUCGCAGCAGUCACAUCAACCUCGUCAACCGCAUCAGCAGCAGCACCAACGCUUGCCGCAGCGGUCUCAUUCGCAGGAGCCCAAGACCCAGCCAUCAGUGCCACAGCACCAGCAGCAGCAACACCAGACCUUGUCGUCCGUGUCUCGCGCCGAGACUUCCUCUUUGAGCUUUGACGAUACCCUUUACAGAAGAGCGAAUAGCAGAGGUACAUCGCCACUGCCGUCCAGCAUGGGAUCCUCGAGGCCCUCGUCGAAUCUCGUGCACUUCUCCAGUGAUCUAUCGCCAACCAGUUUCUCGAGCAUGGAGUUGCUCGAUAUGGACGGCUUUAUGGCCCGCCACGAGACCAGCUCUACCGCUGGAGAACCCAAGCAGAAGAGCAGUCAAUGUAGUGUCAGAAACAGCGCAAAUGCCGGUAACAAUGGGGACUCGGACCUCAUGUUCAUGGAAGCGCUGUGA